ACAGUCGAUGCGCGCAUGCGUAGUCAUGUGGCGGAAACAGCAUCCUUGUUGCGGAGUUAAAAUGUUUGUCCACUUAGCCUGUCACAAUGGGGGCUUUGUUGUUUGUAAAGAUAUAGUUUAAUACACAUACUCGUUCUUGGCAGCUACGUUAGUUGAUAUGCUAUGAAGCUAACACGGAAACAGGUUCUUGCGAAGGCUAAGGCCUCCGACUUAGAGAGCGUGAAGAAACUGAACUGCUGGGGAUGCAACCUGGCUGAUAUUUCUAUCUUCUCCCAAAUGGCCAACAUUGAGGUGCUGACCCUUAGUGUCAACAGCAUCUCAUCUCUCUCUCCUCUGGCCGGCUGUCUGUCCCUAUGCGAGCUCUACCUAAGGAGGAACAAGAUCCCCUCCCUCUCUGAGCUCUCAUAUCUGCGUCCAUUGACGCGUCUCAGGGUUCUCUGGCUGGCUGAGAACCCGUGUUGCGGAACCGACUGCAACCAGUAUCGCCUCACCGUGCUGCGCUGCCUGCCUCGCCUCCAGAAGCUCGACAACCAAGCAGUGACAGAGGAUGAGCUUGCUCUCGCUCUCAUGGAGGGCAAAGCGGUCACCACCCCCCCAGGCAGCGUCCAAAACCAGCUCUCCUCCAACGGACUGGCAGAUGCAGAGAUGGAGAACGAUCCUCUUAACUACAACAUGGAGGAGACCAACAAAAUCAGAGAAGAGUUGGGCAUGAAACUCCUCUCCAGAGACAAGUUUCCCUCUCUUUCUUCACCAGCAACUAGAGAAAACAAAGCAACAUUGAAGAAGACGCACACUGUUGACGCCGUUUUGCUGCUGCUGAAGGACUUGGAUGAAGAGGAGCUUCACAUCGUACACACGGCCACUCAGAACCGACUGCAGACUUACACGCUGGACCAAGUGCUGACAGACUCACGUCAGACACAGAAAGCUGUCGACGUCCAACACUGAAGCAUUUCAUUGCAUGCGCUCCAAACGUCUCCCGUGACUUUGCAACUGCAGCACGCAUGUGACGUAGCUUCACCGACCGCUCUCUCUCUCUCUGUUACACUGUUUCCACAUGUGGAGGAGAGCUGAACAAAUUCUCCAGCUGUUCUUUUUUUUACAUUAGCAGCACACCUACCUGCCUUGUACAAAUAAAAAUGUACCCUUUGCCUAAUGUAAAUCUAUUUAUGUAAGUAAAGAGAUGAAAUUGCAUUAA